GUAGCCUAACCAAAGACAGAGAGAAAAUACAGACUGCUGAGGAGAUUCGAGAAGGAGGCACCGGAGGAUCCUGGCGCCGUUUUGAAUGGACAAUAGAUUCACUCUUUGCUUGUCGAGUCUCAGCUGCUAAGGUGUCAGGUGUGUGUCUGUAGCCACACAGAUCUCCAGCUCUUCUACUCAUCACACACCCACCUACAACAUGGCAGGGGCUUCAGUGAAGGUGGCAGUGAGGGUCCGUCCCUUCAACUCCAGGGAGAUCGGGAAAGAAAGCAAAUGCAUCAUCCAGAUGUCGGGAAACACUACGACCAUCCUGAACCCAAAACAGCCAAAAGAAAACAAGAGCUUCAAUUUUGACUUUUCUUACUGGUCACAUACCACGCCUGAGGACAUCAACUAUGCAUCCCAGAUGCAGGUGUACAAGGACAUUGGAGAGGAGAUGCUGCUCCAUGCCUUUGAAGGUUACAACGUGUGCAUAUUUGCAUACGGCCAGACGGGAGCAGGCAAAAGCUACACCAUGAUGGGCCGACAGGAAAAAGACCAACAGGGGAUCAUACCUCUGCUAUGUGAAGACCUUUUCACCAAGAUCAAUGACAGCAAUAAUGACAACAGCAAGUCUUACUCUGUGGAGGUGAGUUACAUGGAGAUCUACUGUGAGCGUGUGCGGGACCUGCUGAAUCCCAAAAACAAGGGAAACCUGCGUGUCAGAGAACACCCAUUGUUGGGUCCCUAUGUGGAAGAUCUGUCCAAACUGGCUGUCACCUCCUAUAAUGACAUUCAGGACCUGAUGGAUUCUGGAAACAAGGCCAGAACUGUGGCUGCCACCAACAUGAAUGAGACCAGCAGCCGCUCUCAUGCUGUCUUCAACAUCAUCUUCACACAGAAGAAACAUGACAUGGAGACAGACAACACAUCAGAAAAGGUGAGUAAGAUCAGUCUGGUGGACUUGGCUGGCAGUGAGAGGGCCGAUUCAACCGGAGCCAAAGGAACCAGGCUGAAAGAAGGAGCAAACAUCAACAAAUCUCUGACUACACUGGGGAAAGUUAUUUCUGCUCUAGCUGAACUGGACUCUGCUCCAAACAAGAAUAAGAAAAAGAAGAAGGUGGAGAGUUUCAUUCCCUACAGAGAUUCAGUUCUGACUUGGCUGCUGAGGGAGAACUUAGGUGGAAACUCUCGUACAGCCAUGGUGGCCGCUCUCAGCCCUGCAGAUAUUAACUACGAUGAAACCCUCAGUACUCUCCGGUAUGCUGAUCGCGCUAAACAGAUCCGCUGCAACGCUGUGAUCAACGAAGACCCCAACAACCGGCUGGUGCGUGAGCUGAAAGAGGAAGUGGCUCGUCUCAAAGACCUGCUUUAUGCACAGGGACUGGGAGACAUCAUAGAAAACCUGUGCGAUUACAAGAACUUUGUCAAUAAUCGCCAGGCUGUCAAUCAAAGGGGUGAUCUCUCCACAGUGACCAACGCCAUGACAGGAAUGAGUCCCUCCCCCUCGCUCUCUGCUCUGUCCAGUCGUGCUGGCUCCAUCAGCAACCUUCAUGAUCGCAUCUUCAGCCCCGCCAGUGAGGAGGCAAUUGAAAGGCUGAAGGAAACAGAGAAAAUUAUUGCAGAACUGAAUGAAACAUGGGAAGAGAAGCUACGUCGUACUGAGGCCAUUCGGAUGGAAAGAGAGGCCCUGCUGGCUGAGAUGGGUGUUGCCAUGAGAGAGGAUGGCGGUACUGUGGGUGUCUUCUCCCCUAAAAAGACCCCUCAUCUUGUGAACCUCAAUGAGGACCCGCUGAUGUCUGAGUGUCUUUUGUAUUACAUCAAAGAUGGUAUUACCAAGGUUGGCCGUGAAAAUGCCAAGACUCGCCAAGACAUUGUUCUCAGCGGUCAUUUCAUUAAAGAUGAACAUUGCACCUUCAGCAGCACCACUGGGCCUCAGGGAGAAGGAUGUGUUAUCCUUGAGCCAUGUGAGGGAGCAGAAACCUAUGUCAAUGGGAAGAGAGUAACCUCACCCAUUGUUCUUCGGUCUGGGAACCGCAUCAUCAUGGGCAAGAGCCACGUGUUUCGCUUUAACGACCCAGAGCAGGCUCGCAUGGAGCGGGAAAGGACGCCAUGUGCGGAGACGCCUGUGGAGCCUGUGGACUGGGCGUUUGCUCAGAGGGAGCUGCUGGAGAAACAAGGCAUCGACAUGAAGCAGGAGAUGGAACAGAGGCUGCAGGAGCUUGAAGAUCAGUACCGUAAAGAAAGAGAAGAAGCCAGUAACCUGCUCGAACAGCAGAGGCUUGACUAUGAGAGUAAACUGGAGGCCCUUCAAAGACAAGUGGACUCUCGAUACCUGGAGUCACCCGAGGAAGAGGAUGAGCCUGAGGAGGAAGUGCCGUGGACAGAGCGUGAGACUGAGCUGGCAUUGUGGGCUUUCAGAAAGUGGCGUUUCUACCAGUUCACUUCCCUCAGGGAUCUGCUCUGGGGCAAUGCCAUCUUCCUCAAGGAGGCCAAUGCUAUUAGUGUGGAGCUGAAGAAGAAGGUGCAGUUCCAGUUUGUCCUGUUGACAGACACUCUGUACUCUCCACUGCCUCCCGACCUGCUGCCACCCAGUGCGGCUAAAGAGCGGGAGAAACGGCCUUUCCCUCAAACAAUAGUCGCUGUUGAAGUACAAGAUCAAAAGAAUGGAGCCACACAUUAUUGGACUCUGGAAAAACUAAGGCAAAGGCUGGACCUAAUGAGAGAGAUGUAUGACCGUGCUGCAGAGCUGCCCAGCAGUGCUGUGGAGGACUGCGACCAUGCCCUGACAGGAGGUGACCCCUUCUAUGACCGCUUUCCCUGGUUCCGUUUGGUUGGCAGGGCUUUUGUGUACCUGAGUAACCUGCUGUACCCAGUGCCCCUGGUGCACCGCGUGGCCAUCGUCAGUGAGAAGGGAGAAGUUAAAGGCUUCCUCAGAGUGGCUGUGCAGGCCAUCUCUGCUGAUGAGGAGGCUCCUGAUUAUGGCUCUGGAGUGAGGCAGUCAGGCACUGCCAAGAUCUCCUUUGAAGACAAACAGUUUGAGAAGUUCCAGACUGAGUCGUGUCAAGGUGGUUUGUCACACUCCAACACCUCCCAGGAAGAUCUGCGAAUUGUGGAGGGAGAGGGACAAAAUGUUGAGAUUGGAAUCUCUGCAGAUGAAGUCAACAACAACACCUGUGCAGCUACACUGGAGGUUCCUUCCAGCCCUUUAAAGAGUUUAGGUCUUGGUCUGGACCUCCCUCUGGAGCUGUCUCCAGAGAAAGCUCUUUCCCACCUGAAGAUUGGCAGCACCUUCACAUUCAGAGUCACAGUCUUACAGGUUUCCAGCAUCUCAGCUGAAUACGCUGACAUCUUCUGCCAGUUUAACUUUAUUCACCGUCACGAUGAAGCUUUCUCCACUGAGCCUCUGAAGAACACUGGCAGAGGACCUCCACUGGGCUUCUAUCAUGUACAAAAUAUCACUGUGGAAGUAACCAAGUCCUUCACGGAGUACAUAAAGACUCAGCCCAUCGUCUUUGAAGUGUUCGGACACUAUCAGAAACAGCCUUUCCCCCUGCUCUGCAAAGAUUUGAUCAGCCCACUCAGACCCUCCAGGAGGCAGUUCCCACGUGUGAUGCCUUUAUCCAAACCAGUGCCAGCCACCAAGCUGAACACCCUGACUCGCUCCACCGCAGGACCUUGUCAUGCCAAAUACGACCUCAUGGCCUUCUUUGAGAUCUGCGAGCUGGAGGCUAAUGGAGACUACAUCCCAGCUGUUGUUGACCACAGAGGUGGGAUGCCGUGCCACGGGACAUUCCUCUUACAUCAGGGCAUUCAGAGGAGGAUCACAGUUACAAUUGCUCAUGAAACAGGAAAUGAUAUUGAGUGGAAAGAGGUGAAGGAGCUCGUUAUUGGUCGGAUUCGAAACACUCCAGAGGCUGAUGAGACUAUCAUAGAUCCCAACAUCCUUUCUCUCAACAUCCUGUCCUCUGGAUACUUCUGGCCAAAACAUGAUGACAACGUCUCCUUGGGAGUUGAUCAUAGAACCUUCUACCGAUUCGAGGCAGCGUGGGACAGCUCCAUGCACAACUCUCUGCUUCUAAACAGAGUCACUCCGUAUGGGGAGAAGAUCUACAUUACCCUCUCUGCUUACCUAGAGAUGGAGAACUGUACUCAGCCAACAGUUAUCACCAAAGAUUUCUGCAUGGUGUUUUACUCCCGUGACACAAAGCUACCAGCUUCCCGCUCCAUCAGAAACCUCUUCAGCACCGGUUGCCUCCGGCCGUCAGAAAGUAACCGUGUGACCGGAGUUUAUGAACUUACUCUCUGCCAUGUUGCAGACAACGGGAGUCCAGGCAUGCAGCGCCGUCGCAGGCGUGUGCUCGACACCUCUGUGGCAUAUGUGCGAGGAGAGGAAAACCUGGCGGGAUGGAGGCCUCGCAGUGACAGCCUCAUCCUGGAUCACCAGUGGGAGCUGGAGAAACUCAGCUUACUGCAGGAGGUGGAGAAGACCAGACAUUACCUGCUGCUGAGGGAGAAGCUGGAGGCAACUCUGCAGGCUGGACAGGAAGCGCUCUACAAGGGCAGUAACAUCAGUGACUUUGCAAAAAGCCCUGUCUUCAUCCACAGUAUGGACAGCAGCUCCACCCCUGACAGCCCCAGCCAGAGGCAGAGGGAGCUGGCUGCUAAGUGUCUGCGUCUGCUGAUGCACACCUUCAACAGAGAGUACAGCCAGGUGAGCAGCAGUGCCAGUGAGAGCAAGCUUUCUGAGAUGUCUGCAUCACUAAUGAGAGAAUCAUCAUCGUCUGGACUGAGCACGCUCACUCCUUCUUCUACCUGCCCCUCGUUGAUUGAUGGACAUUACGACAUGAGAUUCACUGAUCCUAGUUCUGGAGCAUCCACACCAGACCUGGACCCAUACAGUCCUGUGGACAGAAAGAAAGCUCUCAAAGGAUGCACCUUUGUUCCAGACAUACAGGAGAUUCGUGUCAGCCCCAUUGUGUCAAAGAAAGGCUAUCUGCACUUCCUAGAGCCUCACACCAGUGGCUGGGUGAGGCGUUUCGUGGUGGUGCGCAGGCCCUAUGUGUACCUGUACCGCAGUGAGCGGGACAGCGUGGAGAGAGCUGUGAUCAACCUAUCAUCUGCUAAGGUGGAAUACAGUGAAGACAAACAGACGUUACUGCGGACUCCAAACACAUUUGCUGUGUGCACUGAGCAUCGUGGGAUACUGCUGCAGGCUACCAAUGACAAAGAGAUGCAUGACUGGCUAUAUGCUUUUAACCCUCUGUUGGCUGGGACUAUCAGGUCAAAGCUCUCCAGACGAAAGUCAGUCCAGUCGGUCCCGUCUGCUCAGAGGAUGUGAGAGAUGAACCAGUCUGGUGGAAAACAACAAACAAUCCAAUCUAAAAGCUCAGCUCAUCAUCUUGCUCUGAUGAACACAAACCAUAUUAACAAAGAUAUCCUUCCAUGUGAUGACUGCCCCGAUCGCUCCUUUGAGAACCCACCAAAACCCAUCCUUUGUCUGGUUUUGCAGUCAACUCCUCAAACCCUGCAUGGUGUGCUCCCUUCUGACCUUUAGAUGAAUUCAUAGGAAAAAAUGACCAUUUAAUCCUGAUCAUAAACUUCCUUCUGCUGGGCAUUGGGACUAGUUCUGAUUAGUUUUCAUAUACAUGUAGGAAUUAUCUGUUAGGCUACCAGUUUCCUGUAAAAAGACAGUAUGUGGCCAGUCCCUCCUUUAUCUAUCAUCACUGAAACAAACAUAAAAAAUAAAACAAAACCGUAGUAAACCAAACACUAACCAUUAUUUGCAUCAAGAGAAGGACAAAGAGAAAAACAUCAAAAUGGCUGUUUCUCUUCCUAGAUCUGUGUUAAGUGCAGGUAUGAUAGCUCCAUAUGCAUUUACCUUAUAUAUACUGUACAUUACCUCAGUUUGGAUUGGCUUGGUGCUCUCUAGUGUAUUAUUUCACUGCAGAGGUUUCAGAUAGCAAAGAGAUGAAUUGCGGUUAGUCAUCAUUCUAACUCAGAAGUAGCAUAAAAAGCUGUUUGUUAGGAAAAAAUUGUAAGCUGUUGUUCCUUUGUUAUUUUUUUUUAAACUAGUUUAAUGAAAACUGAGUUUAUUGGCUUGACUAAGGCAAAAUUAUUCACUAUAUGGAGAGAAAAAUGUCCUUGUCUUGUGCUUAUUGUGUUUUGUUGACUUGUAGGUAUAACCACAAAGGGAAGUUUAUCUUUGCUAUUAUAAGUUUUCUGCACUGUUAUUUAUUUGUGACAAGACUAACAGUUUUGUUGCAUGGCACUUUAAUGUCUUUAUAUAUUAUUUACUGUUUUAACCAAAGCACUGUUUUCCUUUUUUGAUUGUUUUUCAUAGUCUUUUAUUGUGCAGUUGUGUUAACAGGCAAUUCAAAAGAAUAACUUAGAUUUAAACAAGUAAUUUAAUAAAUUCCCAACAAACUGGAAAAAUUGAGCUAUGGUAUUUUAUAUGACAAACUGUUUUAAUUGUAUAUCCAACAAGCACUUAUUCUGUUGGCGAUGCUCCAACAGAGUUACUAGACUACAUCGAAUGAGUUCACUGUUUCUUGUAGCGCGAUAAAGUUGACCUGUGGACCUGUAAACGGUUGAGGGCAGUUGCUUUGAGUGAAUAAGAGCGUUGUUCAUGCACCAGAUAGUGCCUCCCUUUCUUCACCUUUUUUUUCUUUAAGCCCACCUUCAACAUCUUAAACACUGAUGCUAAAGUUAGUUUUAAGUGUCCAAGAUUAAAAUUUUUAGAUAGAGUAAAAUUAACAGCUAUUGAUUUUUUUCUGAUUUGACGAUCUGUCUUUUUUUGUAGAGUGACUAUUAUCAGCAAUCCUCUAUAUUGUGUAAUUGCCUGUAGCAGCACAGUACAGCAUAUAUCUCACUGUAAAUGUUGCCUUUAUGAGCAGAGUCCCUCAUAGCUUUUGUACUGUAGCUACUUGACAUUUUACUGCCUGAUGCUUGUGUCAGAACCCAGUAGCGUAUGAUUAGCACAGUGUUGUGGCUGUCAUGUCCAUGGAUGAUUUAUUGUUGCUUUUAUCUGUCUACAUUGUACCAAGAUGGCCCUAAAUGUUACUUUUAGCUCAGUCAGUAGGAAGAUAGUGUUAAGUGAAGAAAAAUAAAAUAAUAAUUAAAAAAAAAAAAAAACAUUAUAAUUUUGGGUCCCAUAUAUAUUAAGGUGGAUGCUAUGAAGCCUCUUCCAGAGGAAAAAGCUAUAACAGACACGGUCAGCCAGCCAGUCUGCCUUUCUAGUUUUUUCUUUUUUUUUCCUGUUAUGACUUGUUAUGACCAGUUAGUUGACAAACCUGACUUACAGUCAGUAAACAGAAAGGUUUAAGGGCUCUGUGUGCCACAGGCCAGCCAACCUGUUGAGCAGUGCAGCCUAACACAGUAAAAGUAUGUCUAAAUGCUAACUCGGUUAGCUACUGUAACAACUGUCACUGGUUACCGUUAUUUUAAAGAAUAGGAUAUAUUGUGAUUAUUUGUUUCUAAAAGGUUGUGGGUCAUCUUGGUAUAAGUUCCUCUUUUUGUUGUUGUCGUUUUUGAAAAACUCUUAUAGAUACGUCAUUGUAUACUGUGUUGUCUGCUGGUACAGAAGACAAAUGGAAAGUUUUAUUUAUGAAAUUUUGCAGCAUACAUUAUGUUCUGUAACUCUAUUGCACUUAUGCACAAAGCAUCUUUAUUUCAAAUGAUUUUAUAAGCUGAUGUUUUUAAAAUAUAAUAAUCUUAUGGCCCUGUUUUUUCAGGAAAGGAGAAUCAAAGCAGCUUUGUCUGAACAGUCAAAGUGCCACCACUGUCAUUGCAUUGACCAGUUUUAGUUUACAAAUGGCAUAUGACUUGCAAUGCCUCUUGUCCCAGUAGUUCAAGGAUGUUAUAAUAAAAACACAUGGCAAGUCAGUUUUAGCGUGCUGGCCAGUAUUUGUUGAAAGGUACAUGGUUGAUUGUUUUAUAUUUGGCUUACUUUUAAAUGUCAUAGCUGUGGAUCAAAGCAUGCAGGUCCACACAUUUUCUGCUGAACCUUGUCCCUCUCUCCUGCCUUACCGCUUGCUAAUGACGACAGCUUUCCACUCCUGAAGUGCUGCUUGUAAAGUAUUGUCAUUCAUGAUCCUUGUAAUUAUUAACUGGACACCUUCCUCUUGGUUCUGUCUUGUAUAUAAAUGGAGAUGUCUGUGUUGGUCUUAUCACACAGAUAUUAAAACUCUCUUUUCCUCUGUAUACCAUUAUAAUUAAGAAAAACUGACCUGCUGCUUUGUCAAGUGUCUCCAGAAUGUGGUGAGCGCAGAUCAGGGAUCAUCUUUGCACAUCUUAGUGUGCAUGAGGUCUUUAUGUUGGACCAUAGGACGAAUCCUGGUUUGUACUGCUUGACUGAAGCAAACAGGUGUCAACAUGUGAUUAAAUCUUAAUCUCAAUGCUCACAUUUAUCUUUUGAGUGUUCUGGAGUUCUUUCUCAUGUCUGUGGACACAUAACAGAAGUUGUCAAGAAAAAAAUAAGGUGAAUAAAUAAAUGAGUGUUGAAACUU